AGAAUAGGAUCCGUGGGGUUAACUUUACUAAUUGUAUAUUUGUGUAAUCAAAAACCGAAUAAAGCGUAAAGCCUUUCAUUACCCAACGAUCCCAACAUGACCGCCGCUUUAAAGAAUCGCGCCAUUACCCAUGCCACCAUCCGCUUGGUGAGGGCAUCCUAGGGAAUUUCUGGGUGAAAUCAAAUUAUCGUAGGAGUACGUCGCCGAGACCAUCUGACAACACUACUGCAUAGUGCGUUUGUCAUUAGGCAGCACCAACACAUAACCUAAAAAAAAUUAUUUAAUUAUUUACUAAUACAACAUAAAAUACAUUAAUUAAAUCGAUAAAUAUUUGCUCUGCACCAAUUUUUUACCACCCACGGCCUUUGCAUAAAAUGUCUACACGCUGGUAUCCAAUUUAUCAAAGGGGCAACCCACAACUUCGUAUAUUUUUACCAAAUUUUUGGAUGAAAUUAGUACAUACACCUCUGCGGCAACAACCAAAUAUUGUUCAUUUUCAAUGUUCUAUGGAAAUGACUAAACAUGAUAUAAAAAACUAUUUGGAGAAGAUAUACAAAGUACCUGUAGUAGAAGUUAGAACAAAAAUUUCACUUGGGAAAUUCAGAAAGGAUAUUGGAAAAGGUUAUGUUGUUAAGGAUGAUGAUAUAAAGACAGCAUUUGUAACUUUGCCUAAAACUACAACAUUUGAAUUUCCCAACAUAUUUGAAAAAAAGAAAGGUGAUGUAGAGGAUGACUUGAAAUCUUUAGAAGAAACAAAGAAAACAUUUAAACAAUAUAUUGAACGCAACAGGGAUAGAAGUGAUAUACCUAGCUGGUUUUCCAUUUGAUAAUGAAAUGUAAUGUUGUACAUACCUAGUCUCAAUUUAAUAGAGAACAUUAAAUUAAAAGUCAA